AGCUUCGCAGUCAGCGGAGCCGCGCUCGGUGACGCAUCUGCAUCUAAGGGGCGCUUAUUUCUUACGUCAUUUUCAAGCGUCAGUUUCUAAAGGGGAUCGAAAAUAGUCAUUUCACACGAGAAACCAAAACGUAAGGUACAGUACAGAGUUGUAGGAGCAAUGGCAGUGAAGUCAGGAGAGGAGCGACUAAAGGAAAUGGAGGCUGAAAUGGCACUAUUUGAACAGGAAGUACUGGGUGGUCCAGUGCCUGUUCCUGGUGGCAGCCCAGCAGUGGUAGAGGCUGUGUCCGUCGCCCUUGCUGUGCCUGCCGUGCCCGUUGUCCGACCCAUCAUUGGGACCAACACUUACCAGCAGGUACAACAGAGUCUAGAGGCGAGGGCUGCCUUUGUGGGAACCCCACCCCCAGCCUUUGUUGGGCCAGCUGUUCCUCCAGUCAGGCCUUCUCCAAUGCGACCUGCAUUUGUUCCACACAUACUGCAAAGGGCAGGUAGUCAAAAAUUGCCCAUGAUGCGUGGACCUCCUCCCCAGGCUAUGAUGGCUCCGCCUUUACCCAGGCCACCUCCACCUCCCCCUAUGAUGAUGGCUCCCCCCAUGCCUGGCCCCCCUCAGCAUCACAUGGGUCCUAUGGGACCAAUGGGACACAUGGGCCCAAUGCCAUCGGUUGGAGGCAUGAAUCCAAUGGUGUCUGUUCCACCACGUCCUGUAGUCCAGGCCCCUCCCAAACUAACACCCACAGUUAUCCAGGCUGCCCCAACUGUCUACACAGCUCCUCCAGCACCCAAGAAACCUGACCUUCGCGCUCAGAGACAAGCGCGCAUGGAGGAGUUGGCAGCUUCAGUGGCAGAGCAGCAGGCAGCAGUAGUAGCAGCUGGUCUCCUAGAGGCGAAGAAGGAGUGCUCCACCACAGACGAGGCUGUCAUUGGCCCCAGUAUGCCGGAGCCUGAGCCCAUCCACACUGAGCCAGCAGAUGGUAGUGCUGAGGAAAAAAAGAAGGGAAAGCAGGAAAAGGUUAAGAAGUGCAUUCGCACAGCAGCUGGGAGCUGCUGGGAAGAUCAAAGCCUACUGGAAUGGGACACAGAUGAUUUCAGGAUCUUCUGUGGAGACCUGGGCAAUGAGGUUAACGAUGACAUCUUGGUGCGGGCCUUCAGCCGCUACCCAUCCUUCCUGAAGGCAAAGGUGGUGCGGGACAAGCGCACAGGCAAGACCAAGGGCUAUGGCUUUGUUAGCUUCAAGGACCCCAACGACUAUGUACGCGCAAUGAGGGAGAUGAAUGGCAUCCCUGGGGGAAGACAAAACUUCUGGCUUCAGACCGGCACUUGCAACUGCAGCGUGACUGAAGAGAGUUGAGGUUAGGGAUGAAAUGAUUACCUGUUUCAUGAUAAACCAUGAUGAAAUGCCCAAUGGAUAGUAUUACCAUCAAAUUUUAAUUAUCAAUAAAAGCAUGGUUGAUUGUCGUUUUGAAGUAUUCACAUUAAAUACUGUCCAGCAUUAACCAAAGGUAGCAACAGUCUCCCAGAUGCUGAUGCGCAGGUGAAGCAUGCAACUUGGGUUUGUUUUGUGUCAGUGGAAAUAUGCCAUAAGCCAGUUACAGCACUGCAGAGAUUUUUCAGCCUGAUAAGAGGAAUAAGUCUGAUGUGGUUGUAUUUUGGUUUUCAUCUUCAAGAUCAGCAUCCACUACUUUAUAAUGAAUGCAAGGUAAGUUAACUUUUAGCCCAGUGCUUGACGAUGGAACUUAGGAAUGGGGGGAAAGGGUCACAAUUUGUGUUUAACUUGCUAAUAGCUUGUGGGUAACAUUAACUGAAGCUUUCAGUGUUAGCUACUCUUGUUAAACACUACACUUUGCCAUUUGUGUAGUGGACCUGGCACCAUUUUGCUUCAGCCUCAAAGCUAGCUGAAUGCUCAUUUGCUGGUGAUGACCAAAACUACAUCCUAUGAAACAUUUCUGUUUUUUUGACCCCCACUAGAUGAUGCUCUUGGUUUGCUUUGGAUUCUUUUAUGAACAGAGAGCACCAUCUAAUGGGGUCAUAAAAUAUGGCAAAUUGAAAUCCCUUAAGUUGUAUUCUUGUCAACUUUUUCACCCCAAUGAGUUUGCAUACUUACUUCGCAUUUACCAUUUUCCUUCUGCUACCACUUCAACAGUGUACCAUAUACAUACAUGCAUGCAUGUGUGUAUACAUUGUUUGUUCAUUUAUGUUUGUUUUUCUUCCUAAGACAUUAAUUUGUAUGUCAGAAUUGUCAGUAAAUUCAACUGAUAAAAAUAAAUUCAAAUAUCUCCUAGAAGCAGUUUCUCCCAAGGUCAGUUAGAGGAUGCUGAGCCUUAUCUGUAGAUCAGAAACCAAGUUCAUUGCUCUGACAGAUGUUUCUCCAUACGCUCCUUCUCUCCAGGAAAAUACGUGGGAAGUCGUCCCAUUAAGCUGAGGAAAAGCAUGUGGAAGGAUAGGAAUCUGGAGGUGGUGCGAAAGAAACAGAAAGAGAAGAAGAAACUUGGGCUCAGAUAAGCUUGUUUCCUGCAGAUAUUGGGGUGUGUGUGUGUAUGUGUGUGACUUCAUUUCUAGGGUGCAGGACCAGACCUGUAUCAAGUUGUUGAAAAUAUCUCUUCACUGACCUAAUGUUACUUUUCUGUCAUCUGUGACUAUAGAUAUUAAAUUCUUUUAGGAUCUCCUUUGUAAAGUCAUUGUGAAUUUGUUCAUUGAUCUUCCCCUACAUUUAAUGAAUACAUUUUAUGUAAUCUUGACUUUUUUUUUAUCUCUAUGAAUAAGGGUUUUUCCCCCACAUUUCAAAACUUCACUCCCAUAAUAAUGAUUUGUUUGUUCUCAUUUUAAAGUUUAUUUUUGCAUUACUGUUAAUACAUUCAUUUGCCCUGUAAUUAUUUUCAGUUUGAAGAAAGCUUGGAUACGUUUUACUUUAUAUGAGAUUGGUUGCAUUACCUGUUGUUAAAACGUGAAAGAAGUUACUUUUUUAAAGAUCCAUAGACAUUGAAUACUUGGCAAAAUUAAUAAGCCUUUUUGUUUUGCUAUUUUGCAUUUGAAGUUCAUAGAAAGACCCCAAAAACAAGUCAAUAAAACUGAAUGUUUUUAAUAUCGUU